UCUCUCUCUACUCUGACUAACAUCAUGUGUAUUACGUUUUCUCUGGCGCCCAAGUCACGAUAGUCACUAUCCUCGUACUCGUGUUUAGUCGCGAAAGUUCCACGUCCUAGUGCCCGUAAUUUUUUUCCUCUUAGUCCUGUUUUCGCAUUAUCAAACCCACUUGUUAACAGCGACAGUUAACUCCAAAGAGCGGGAUAUUUUUUUAUUAAAAUUUUUUGUUUAAAUUUAAAAUUUUAAAAUUGUGAUGUGGUUUAAAAAUUUUGUUGGUAAAUUUUAAAUAAAAAAGUGAAAAAUUUUUUAGUGAAGAAAAAUGAUUCUUAUUAAGAAGAAUAAAUAAUUGUUUGUAAAUGUGAAAGCUCAAGGAUACAUCGAGGAUAUCUAUUUUAUUUCUGAGCACUAUUUUGCCUCGCCGUACUUUGAGCAUUUCACUGCAUUCCUCCCAACUUCUCUCAGAAAUUUUAAUUUUAUUUUUUCUCGUCAUUCCAUGGCAUUGAAUAUUUAAGUCAGAAUAUCAGCAAAAAUGUGAAUUCUUGUAGUGAAUAUCAGCAAAAUUUAACACAAAAUGAUCGCUGCUAAAAAUAAUGAUAAUAAUAAAAAUAGUAAAAAAUAAAAAAAUGUCUUAAAUGACAACAGUGUAACCGACUCUGAAGAACUAAAUCAUGAGAGAGAAAAAUAAAUGUGGGACUAAAAGUGUUUUAUUAAUAUUUUUAUUGCUGUUAUAUUUAAUAUGUGUGUAUAUAGAGACGUCGGUUGUUUGUGAAGCUGUGAUCAUAACAGGAACUCAAUUACCGGGAAAACACUGGUCAAGUACACGUGUUAAUGCAGUGCCUAGUGAUAUUAAUCGUCGUGUUGUUAAAAUAGGUGUCAUAGCCCCCGCAGAUCCACAUCAUGAGCAAAGUUUGCCCAGAAUUCUCCCAGCAGUCGCUCUGGCUGUCAAAGCCGUUAGUUCUACAAAAGGUCCACUCCCUGGCUGGACUAUCAGUGUUACAUAUCGUGAUUCUAAAUGCUCAAGUACUCAUGGAUCACUCGCUGCGUUCGAUUUUUACAUCAAUCGCACCGCAGACGCAUUUUUGGGACCGGUGUGUGACUAUGCAAUCGCCCCGGUGUCUCGAUACGCCGGAGUGUGGGGCAUCCCCGUAUUGACGACCGGAGGUCAAGCGGACGCAUUUCUGCAUAAGGGUGAACAUUACCCAACGUUGACCCGCAUGAUGGGCUCGCACCGUCUCGUGGGCGAAGCACUCAGACACAUACUCCACAGUUUUGGGUGGACAUCGGCGGCUCUUAUUUACCACAACCACGCAAUGGAGAGUAGCAAGGGACAUUCCGAGUGUCAUUUCACUCUCAGCGCGGUAUUCUCAGCCCUCAACAAAACAUCAGUACACAAAAGCUUCAAUCAAGAGACCAACAACUUCAAUGACUACCGGAAUCUGCUUACCUUCGUUUCUCAUUCUGCAAGAAAUCGCGGGGUUGGGAACUUUGGAAAUGUUUGGGUCGUUGUUAUGUGCGCUAAUUCAACUACGAUACGAGAAAUACUGCUGGCGGCUGAUGAAUUGGGAAUGGUUGAUUCAGGAGAAUACGUAUUUUUUUCCAUCGAACUAUCUUCCAGUGAUAAUAACUCAAAAGAGCCUUGGAGGAUGGAAGGCGACACGGAAGAGCGGAAUGAAAAAGCCAGGAAAGCUUAUCAAGCUUUAUUAACAGUGACAGCACGUACGCCGGACAACGAAGAAUAUUUAAAUUUCUCACGUGAAGUUAAAUCUCUGGCGCUGAGCAAGUACAAUUUCACAUUUGGAAACAGUUCACUUUCAACUUUUGUAGCCGCGUUCUACGACGCGGUGUUCCUUUACGCCCUCGCCCUUAAAGAGAGCCUGCCCGAGCAACCGGGGGAGAUAAACUUGGACGGCGGAAAUCUGACCAAGAGAAUGUGGGGAAAAAGUUUCAAAGGUAUCACCGGAGAUGUGAACAUAGAUGAAAAUGGCGACAGAAUAGCAGAUUACUCACUGCUCGACAUGGACCCAGAGACAUCAAAGUUUGAGAUUGUUGCGAAUUACUACGGAGCUAACAAAACCCUCGAGUAUGUUCCCGGUAAGCGGAUACAUUGGUCCGGUGGUAGGUUGGAGCCACCUCCAGAUACGCCUAAAUGUGGAUACGAUGGGUCUUUAUGUCCGGAUAAAACGUUACCAGGUUAUGCAAUUCUUUCUAUCGUCCUCAGCUCUAUUGUAGUUGGUCUUGUCGUGGCUUCGGUCAUUAUUUAUAGGCACUACAAGCUUGAGGUUGAAAUAGCUUCUAUGUCGUGGAAAGUUCACUGGGAGGAUGUGAUUGUAGUACCGAUUGGCAGAACACGUGGCUCAAUGCAUUCGCUUGCUCCAAAUAAGCAACGGGGUAGUCAGUUGACAGUGUAUUGGGAUGACGAUAUUAGUUUACCAGGUGGCGGCGGAGUCGAUAGAAAUGUUUACAUUCCUACAGGAAUUUAUAAGAACUCUAAAGUCGCAAUAAAGCCGCUUCCAAGGACCAAAGUUGAAACGUCAAGGCCUCUGUUGCUUGAAUUAAAGCGCAUGAAGGAUCUUCAGCAUGAUCACUUGGUACGAUUUUACGGUGCAUGCGUCGAGCCACCUCACUGCUGUUUACUCACAGAAUACUGCCCCAAGGGAUCACUGCAGGAUAUCCUGGAGAACGAUCAGAUAAAGCUUGACCGAGUGUUUCGAGGCUCUUUGAUCCACGAUAUUGUCAGGGGGAUGGCGUACCUCCAUGCCUCGGAAGUUAAGAGCCACGGGAAUCUAAAGUCUUCGAAUUGUGUCGUUGACUCUCGAUUUGUACUAAAAAUAACUGACUUCGGAUUGCACGAAUUACGUAAGCCUAGUCCGGGUGAUUCCGAUGAAGAUAAAGACAGCUACGCUCAUUGGAAGAAGCAGCUGUGGACCGCUCCAGAGUUACUGAGAAUGGAGCGACCACCACCCGAGGGCACUCAGAAAGGAGACGUCUACAGCUUCGCCAUAAUCGUCCACGAGAUCGUGGUACGUCAAGGACCAUUUUACUUAGGAGAAGAUACCAACUAUACCCCAAGGGAAAUUGUGGAAGGUGUAAGAAGAGGCGGCGGAUCUCCUCUGAGACCUUUAAUCGAUGAAGCCGCUGUUGAGGAAGAAGUCGCAACAUUGAUGCGGCGAUGCUGGGCUCACGAUUCUGCAGAUAGACCAGACUUUCCAGCACUGAAACAAACUAUUCGGAAAAUCAACAAAGAUUAUGAGAGCAGUAACAUCUUGGAUAAUUUAUUGUCACGCAUGGAACAGUAUGCGAACAACUUGGAGACACUAGUCGCAGAGCGAACUGCUGAUUAUCUGGAAGAGAAACGUAAAUGUGAGGAAUUAUUGUAUCAGCUGUUACCCAAAUCGGUAGCAUCACAACUGAUACUAGGACAAAGCGUGAUAGCUGAAACAUACGACCAAGUGACAAUAUACUUCAGUGAUAUUGUUGGGUUCACAAGUUUGUCCGCUGAAAGUACACCGCUCCAAGUUGUCGACCUCCUCAACGACCUCUACACAUGCUUUGACUCUAUUAUCGAGAACUUCGAUGUCUACAAGGUGGAAACGAUAGGAGAUGCUUACAUGGUUGUGUCAGGUCUGCCUGUCAGGAAUGGCAUGAACCACGCAAGAGAGAUCGCUAGAAUGAGCCUUGCACUUCGUGACACUGUUAUGACGUUCAGUAUUCGUCACAGACCUAGUGAGCAGCUCAAACUACGAAUUGGAAUGCAUUCUGGUCCCUGCGUCGCUGGCGUCGUUGGCCUCAAGAUGCCCAGGUAUUGUCUCUUUGGUGACACUGUUAACACUGCUUCAAGAAUGGAAAGUAACGGUGAAGCUUUGAAAAUUCAUGUCAGUCCAAAGACCAAAGAGAUAUUGGACACCUUUGGAACAUUUGAAGUCUGCUGUCGAGGUGAAGUUACUCUGAAGGGCAAGGGUAAAAUGAUAACUUACUGGCUGGUGGGUGAAAAGCCGAUAAACAAUAAUGUCCAGGAGAGCAAUCCGAAUCCGAGCAGCGAGCAGAGCCCCCAGCAGCCUAAGUCUGAUCAAGUUCAAGGAUCUCAAAGUACUUGCUCAAGAAACAUGUUAAAUAUGGCCACGGGGAACGGCGCACCGGGGAACCAUCCACUACUGUCACCCUCUCAUCAGCGGAACUCUCCGAACCAGUUCUCUGCUACAGGUAGCGACAAUGUUCCUAAUCACACCGAAAGCGGCGCUAAUGCUCCUUUGUUACUGUCUACCGGAUCUUCACGAGCUUAAAUUUAUAAUUACAACAAUUAUAAUAACAAAAAAAAUUUAAUAAUAAUAAUUCAAAAUGAGUAAUAGAUAAAUUUCAUCUCAUUCUCUAGCUUAAAAUCAAAGAAAUAAACUGAUCAGCUGAUAAAUUAAGCAACGAGACUUCUUUAAGUGCUGGAACACUUACUGAACAAUAAAUUAAAAAUCAUUAUGCAUUUAUUUAUUUAUUUUUUUGUCUCUAGUAUUAUAAGUAAACUACAUUACCGGUGAGCCAUUCGAGGCAAUCUUUUAUGAUAAUGAUAACGAUAACGAUAAUGAUGAUGAUGAUGAUAAUGAUAAUGAUGAUGUAGAAGCAUUAGGAUGAAUGGAAACAAAAAUAGGAGAUGGAUGAAGGAAGAGGGUUGAAGUUAUUUAGUUUAACGCAGUUGUUAGACCUAGGAUGCUCGAGUUGAAUAAAAUUUAGGAAAAAUAGCGAAGCAAUCAAACUUCUUAAUGGGAGGCCGAGGGGCUUAAAUGUCAAGGCUGGGCGAUUUAAUCGAUAAAUGAACAAAAAUUGUGUAUAAUAUAAAAACUCCGCUCAAAUAUCUGAUAAGGUUUUGCGUGAGUUGAGGAAAAAAGUAAAGCUAAAGGUGAAAAUGCGUCUAUCGUGGUGCUACGUAAUUACUGGAAUCAACUCGAGCGUUUAAUUACGUUCGUCAGCUGAGUUCGGUUGACGGUCGAAACAAACGGGUUUAAUGAGGUUCUUAUCAGGUCAAUUUUCUUGGCUUAAAUAAAAAAAAAAAAAAGUUAAUUAUAGUUUUGUGAAAAACUGCUUUAUAAAUUGAAUUGGGACAAACGGAAACAGAAAAUAAAGUAAUAAAAUAUUAUAAUUUUGAGGAUAAAUCCAAUUUUAUGUUAAAAAUCUGACGCGAAAUACUUGCUAGGGAUAAUAAAUUACAGUGUUUAGUUUGGUUUAAAACAUGAGCUAGACGGUAUAAAAUAAAAGACAAGAUAAAUAGUAUUUCUAAAUAAAAUGUUUGAGGGCAAGAAAAAGUUUACGGGAGAAUACAGUCAAGAUGGCACAGUAACAAAUCUUGACGAAUCGUUGAGAAAAUUACGCUCUAUCCGUGUCUAUUUAAGAUUAAUCGAUUCCAGAGAAUCAAAGAUGUCGCUCCUCUGACAAACAUUAUUAGUUAGUCUGAUAAGCUUCACGAACGUAAUAAUAAGCAUAUUAUAUAAUAUAUAAAUAUGAUUCAUGCCAAUUUGGUAUAUACAUUUCUAUCUGUUAAGCUGUUACGUAAAAAUCCUUCGAGUUGAAUUAAUGAGCUUUUUACUCACUAUUGAAGAGUCAACAUGGUUCGAAAAAAGAAUGAAUGUUAUUUAAAAAAAAAAAAUUAAUUUUUUAAGUUAAUAUAAGUGAUUUAGCACCGAUGUAUAGUAAA